ACGGCCAAGAAGCUGAAAAAACAUGCUUUAUAUUUUGGAAGUGGACGAUUACCAAACGUUCAGGAGAAACACGCCUCGCGUGUCUCUAAAACUACGGUCAACACGGGUAGCAAGGAACCAAUGCUUCGAAUCGUACUCACAAGUCUACGUAAUUUCAUAACGAAGGAUCCUUUAGCGUUAGCUUUAGGAGUAGUAAUAGGUUUUUUAGUACGCCGCAUAGAGAACAAUGUAACAGUAUUAUCUUCCGACCAACUUGACAAAGAAAAACAAAUUUGGACACUACAUGGAAGACUUAACCAAGCAUUUCUCGACGGUCGACACGACAGACGAAGGGUUGAAGAGCUCCGCACACUAUUAUCUUCGACGGAACAAAAACUCGAAAUAACUCGAACUGAACGCGAUGAACUAAAGGUAAAACUAACGGAAUUCCAGGCGCAAGCUACCGAAGCAAUGAACUAUUUGUUGGAACGAAAGAUGAGUGAGGAAGCUCGUCGGCAAAAUUUAAAAUUUGAAGAAGAAACAGCAAAGAAAGAGUGCAUGGACUCAGAAAGUCAAGGAGGUUCAAGAUCUUCUACGCCACUUAGUUCCGAAUUUCUUGAAGCAGAUGAAAAAAUGCGACAACUUGCCGAGGAUGAAUUCUUUUCUGAUAAUUCACAUCAUCAAACUAUUAAUCGAAGAGAGUCUGUUAUUGAUGGUCAAAGCAAUGCCUCAACGAUAUUGAGGACUAUUUAA